GAUAAUCCGGCAGUCAACGCACGCACAAUCGGCUUCUAAACGUGAACGACAAAUGAGUUGCUUGAGUGGAACGGGGACCCGUGCGAUAGUUUUUCUAUAUCUAACGCUGUGAGCUGUGGGAAACAGAGCAGCAGAGAGUGCUGAGUGAGGGAAGUUGGUGGGAAUUGUGCUGUGCUUUGUGUGGGGCUUGCAGUCAGCCAGUGGUGCACGUGAAAGGUGAAGGACGUGGACGGCUAAAGUCGAGCACAUAAUGCCAUUAAUCAAGUUGAUUAUUAUUAUGAAUGUAAUUAAGUGGAAAAUGUUUGCAAACGAAGAGGAAAUAUUUUAAUAACUCGAAGAAAUCGAGAAGUGCUUUUCUGGAGUCUGUCGAGUAAGAGGCCGCCAGCGCCAGCCGGAGACGACGCCGGUGUGACCGCGUGCGGUUGGUGUUUUUAUUACCGCCCUUUAUACACCGGUGCAAGUGACUGUGAUAUUUAUAGGCGACACCAACAGCUGGUGUUGUUCCGACCGCAGGGCAAAGUAUAUAUCUCAGCAGUGCGUGGUGAAGUCAAGUGUGCCCAAGGAGAAAACGCGAUGGCGCUUCGUUGGCUCGAGCUGUGUGUUAAAUUUAGAUUAGUGUUAAUAGGUUUUAUUGUUGUAAUUUAUUUUGUGAGCAUAGUGACUGCCGGUGCCGGUGGGGGUGGUUCCGCCGCGGCGUCAUUCGUCGAGGAUGAUUUCCAGCUGGGCGGCUACCAUCCGAAUCCGUACCAGUCUAGAAGGCGUCACCAUUUCCGCGAAGGUCACCAUCGAAGGUCUCCUUUCAGGCGGGCUCGUGCUCCGCACGAUGGACGCGGAAGGGUAAAGAAAAGUGGAGUCGUCGAAGGCAUUUUAGCUCAGGAUGGACCCAUGAAUGACAUCAUCCGGCAGGCACGCGAACGGAAGCCAAACAUAAUUUUAAUUCUGACCGAUGAUCAGGACGUCGAGUUGGGAUCGCUCAAUUUCAUGCCCCGGACUCUACGCUUGCUUCGCGAGGGUGGAGCCGAGUUCCGUCAUGCCUACACCACCACUCCGAUGUGCUGUCCGGCGCGGUCUUCCAUCCUGACUGGAAUGUACGUUCACAAUCACAAUGUCUUCACCAAUAAUGACAACUGCUCAAGCACCACUUGGCAGACGACACACGAAACGCGCUCGUUUGCGACCUACCUCUCGAAUGCCGGCUACCGAACCGGGUACUUUGGAAAGUAUCUGAACAAGUAUAAUGGUUCGUACAUCCCGCCCGGCUGGCGAGAGUGGGGUGGUCUCAUCAUGAACUCCAAGUACUACAACUACAGCAUCAACAUGAACGGACAAAAGAUUAAGCACGGCUUCGAUUACGGUAAAGACUACUAUCCGGACCUGAUCGCUAACGAUUCGAUUGCGUUUUUACGCCAGAGCAAACAUCAGAACCACCGGAAACCGGUUCUGCUGACGAUGAGCUUCCCGGCACCGCACGGACCGGAGGAUUCGGCUCCGCAGUACAGCCAUCUGUUCUUCAAUGUGACCACUCACCAUACACCCGCCUACGAUCAUGCACCGAAUCCGGACAAACAGUGGAUUCUGCGGGUGACUCAACCGAUGGCACCGAUCCAUCGCAAGUUUACCGAUCUGUUGAUGACGAAACGGUUGCAGACGCUCCAAUCGGUGGACGUCGCCGUCGAACGGGUCUACCAGGAGCUGAAGGCCCUCGGCGAGCUGGACAAUACCUACAUCAUCUACACCUCGGAUCACGGGUACCAUCUGGGGCAGUUUGGCCUGAUCAAGGGUAAAAGCUUCCCGUUCGAGUUCGACGUGCGAGUUCCGUUCCUGAUGCGAGGCCCCGGGAUCGAACCGGCCAGUGUGGUUGACGAAAUUGUGCUGAAUGUGGACCUGGCGCCGACCUUUUUGGAUAUUGGAGGGGUGGCUCCGCCACCGCAUAUGGACGGAAGGAGUUUCUUGCCACUGAUACUGAAUAGGCAUAGGAACGCAAUCGACAAGUGGCCCGACACGUUUCUGAUAGAAAGUUCGGGUCGGCGGGAGACUCCCGAGCAGAUGCAGGAACAAAGGAUGAAAGCAGCUGCGGCACGAUAUAGUGCUCGAAUGAAUGGCGCUAAUGGGACGAUGAUUACUGCGGAGCAGUUGGAACGAGAUAAGGUGGCUCCGCUAGAAGCUGUAACCGAAGCCGACAGAAGGGAAGAGGUUACGCUCGAUUUUGGUUCGCACGAACAUGACGAUGAUGAUGAGGAUCACGAUAGUGAACAUGAAGAUGAUGAACUUCACGCGGAAGAAGCUGAUUCGGAACCAUCGGACAUCCGUCAGGAUCACGAAGAUUAUGUUAUCGACCACCAGGAGGCUCUGCACUUUGCAGUUAGUGAAGCUCAUCAUGACCCGCUGGACAACCACCUGCCGAUGACACCGUACCGGUCGAAAAUGGAACGCCUAAACAACGAGUGCUCGAAUCCGUCGCUGCAGCAAAACUGCGUCGCCGGCCAGAAGUGGCGCUGCGUUAGUGAAGAUGGCCGCUGGCGGCGGCACAAGUGCAAAUUCCACCUGCAGCUGCAGAACCAUCUGGCCGAGAUUAACAAACUUUCUAGUCAAAACAAGCGCAAUUGCGCCUGCUUCACCCCGGAUGGGCUGAUCUACACCAAGAUUAAGUCCAAGCGGGACAACAAACAUCACAGCAUGCUGCUGAGCCGCGGAGAGGGCGGCCACCGGGGACGGCGACAGAAACGGGACGUGUCCUCCCACGAGGAGUUGUUUUUCGAAGCUAACCCGGAGAUGGUGGAACUAUUGCGAGUUGUCAGGUCGGUAGUGGAGUUGGAAAAGGAGGUAAAAUCUAGUCAUACUAACGGAAGAAGCAAAAGAGACACUACGGGAGGCAAUCAGAUCGAAAGUGUGAUUCGGGAACUGCAGAACACGCUGCGAGAAAUUGAGGGAAACUUUGAGAAAAGUUCGGUGUUGAAGAAGAACAAUCAAUCACUGGAGAACGAUGAGGCUGGAACAGGAACGAAAUGCUUUGUGACAGUCGUUGGUAAGGUAAACUGUUCGAACAUUAUUUAUGAGGACGAAAACAGCUGGAAACGCAGUCGAACUCAGGUGGACAUGUUGAUUAGGGUGCUGAAAAACAAAAUCAACGAUUUGAAAGAUAUUAGAAAACAUUUAAAGGAGCACAAACCGUCCAGUUUUCGCGAUGAAACAGAGGAUGGUGAUGAAGAGCACGAAGAAGACAAUCGUAGCCUAUCGGUGGAGACAGACUUUGAAACUAGUGCCACUUUGGGCAGUUCAACAACGACAACACCCGUUCCGAUGACGUCGACGGCGUUUGUGGAAAUUGCGGUCUUUAGGAAGGAUCAUUUCAAUCGCACCGGUUUUGGGAAAAGACCUCGACCUAACGGAGCGUUCCGGCGCCGAACGAAACCAGCACCGCGGACGGAGGACGAUGAGGGACCCCUCAUCGAUAUGAGUCUUUUUGAUACCACCAGCAAUCGCGAAGAAGUUUCACCGGAGCUGGCUUCCGCCGGCGGUCGAUCUAGUCAACAGAGGCAAAGAAAUUACGGGCAAGCUUCCGGUGCUAACGGUAAGCAUAGAAAUCGUAACCGAAUGGAGUUUCAACCUAUUGGAAGUGUGACAACGGACGUAACUAGUACCGUUAGUACUAGUACUACUUCUACUUCUACUACUACCAGUACUUUGGAACCGAUUACAACAGCUGAUUAUGAUAGAAGAAAUGAGGCGGGAUCAAUGAGUACUACUACAAGAAACAUACUGGAGAUCACUGAGGAGAUACUUCAAUCCAUUUCGAAUACUACCAGUUCGUUUGAACAUGACAAAAGUGCCGUCGGUUUCGUUUCAACAGUGCUGGAAGAUUUGAAGGAAGGUUCCAGUACUUUCUUGCCGCUUCUGACGGAAACUUCCACUCCAGGAUCGCCGAUGGGAACAACUCUGGUGCACACGGAAUCCUCCACACCGGAAGAGGAGGUCUCCUCGUCCUCGUCGUUCUCUCCCUCCAUUCAUGUCGCAACCACACCAAAAAUGACAACGGUAGCCAACGAAAUCUUCGCCAUCGAUGCCAUCAGCCACAAUCAAAUUCCGGUAGUGAAAAACGAUGCCACACUGCUGCCGGCGGCCGAGUGCUACUGCGAACCGGAAGUGCAAGGACCGAUGACGAACGAACGGGAGCUAGCGCGGGAGACGCGUCGUCGCCUGAAGGAGGAACGCCAGCGGAAGAAGGAACGCAAACGACACCGCAAGGCGAAGCUGGAAAAGGAAUGCCUCUCGGAGCGGAUGAACUGCUUUAGCCAUGACGCGAACCACUGGCGAACGGCACCGCUGUGGGACGACAAACCGUUCUGCUUCUGCAUGAACGCCAACAACAACACCUACUCCUGCCUGCGAACCAUCAAUCAGACGCAUAACUUUUUGUACUGCGAAUUCACGACCGGAUUGGUGACCUAUUAUAAUCUGAGAAUUGAUCCAUUUGAGACCCAAAACCGUGAGUCUUCGCUCACCUUGGAGGAGAAGACGGUGCUACACGACACGUUGGAGUACAUGAAGAGCUGCCGCGGUAAGAGCUGCACACUGGCACGGCAUCACCAGCACGGUGGUGGUGUGAUUGGAGGACAAACCGAUGGUAAUCUGCUGAUGCCGGUGGUUAAUGGACGGCUGCCGGGUGCUAGUGGGGCAGGAACCGGAAAGCGAAAGCAUCACCGGGAUCCCGUUGGAGCCGCCAAUGGAAAUAUUCCCGUUCACUUCUCGGAUUUUGAUGCUUUGCAGAACAACACCCCAAAGAAAAAGAUUAAAUGGAGCAAACGAAAACAACACUGGCAACAACCACAGCAGCAGCAUCCACAGCAACAGCAACGACACGGUACGGGUGGUGGCCACCAUCAUCACGAACAGCAGCAACCGAUGUUCCGCAGCGGUGGAGAGCAUUAUCCUAGUCAGAGUAACGAAUUUCACACCGCUGCCGGUGGUGGUGUCGGAUUUAACGGCAACGGUUCGAAACGAAACCGCACCAGCCGGCGGCCCAUUUGGAGGAGUACAAUUUACACCGCUUGAAUUGCGCCAAUUGACACGGCGACCGAGAAUCUCCCAGUUUGUGAAAGCUUGCAGUGUUCGGUUCUGUUGGUAUACACUGCUUAAAUGGUACACUUUCUGGAAGGCAAACUGCAGCUCAGAAGUGUGCUAAGUAUUGCUUGAACGUACAAUUAGUUGUUCACCGCUCGAAAUCCGCAAACCGCAUACAAAUGACUGAUGUAUAAAUUUUAUUCCCGUGUUUCCGAUUUCGAGUUGUAUACAUGUUUAAAUAAUGUAUGUUUUUAAAUUAGUUUUCGUAGUUGCCUUUGUUCAUUGAUUGUUGAUAAAUUAUGUCUUCAAAUUUCACACGUACUAUCUAACUAUUUACUACUAUCCUAACUAUAAACUACUACUACUAUUACUAUGUACUAUCGUAGCAGGAAUUUUGUUAGAUUAGGUCACUGCCAUUCCACAGUUCACACACAAGGCAUGAAACGGUUGCGCAAAGAGGAACGUUUAUCGUCUAUUUAGUUGGAGGCUGUUCAAUGCCAAAAAUCUAGAACGCACGAGACCCGUGCGGACAAACAAACAUAUAACAUUUGCACAAAACUAGGCUUUUCGAGUGUAGAAGAAUAAGACAAACUAAACCAGAUAUUAUUAUUAUUAUUAUUGUAUCAGCAUAAACCAGCAUUGCAGAGGGGGUAGUUGAACAAACACAAAAAACCACUCAACAAUCAUUAUAUUUAUUAUUGACAAAGAAAACAAUUUUUGAAAAAAAAUUGUAGCCAUUCUCCAGUGACGGGGAAAUCCAAAUGAAAGUUAAAGUAAAAUGAAGGAAAGUGAAGCGACAACGUUCAAAGUGAAGUUCGUUUGUUUCGAACCAGAAACACCGGCAAAUCGCGUAGUAGGGCCCUAAGGUAAAUAAGAAAGGUAAUCGAAAGAGCUAAACCAUAGGGUAGAGGGGCGGAGGAGCCUAUUUAGCAAAAAUCAGAAGUAUUUAAACUCUGUAUUAGCGUGAUGGUGAUGGUGCCAGUUUGCUUUCCGCUUCAUUCUAUCACCGCCAAUUGGGUUGGUAGUACUCAGGAAGCUAACUGUCGCUGUUGCCGUUGUGGCAUCUAAAUAAAA